GAAUAGCAGGCCCAACAGUAAUUUUACAGGAGCCGUAUAGAAUUUCACAAGAAAAACACAGGAAUUUGAAAACAAAAUUACAUAGAUGCCAUAGCAGGUCCAACUAGUGCAAGGAUGCGCAAGGUGACCAGACGUCAUAUGGGCCGGGUCCGUUAAUCAAAAAGCACCGACCAAGGUCGACUGGGAGGUAUCUUUCGGAAAAAAAUUUAUCUCCCUGACAUGUGGGCGUAGGACAUGCAGGGCCCACGUGUCAGCGUUCUGGUCGCAGAAUCGCCUCUUCCUGUCCGCCGUCCGCCGGAGCACCGCCGCACCGGAACCGUCGUACGCCUCCGUGCCCUCGCUGGCGGAGGCCUCGGCGCAGGCCGCAGCGUGGUUCUGACUCGGUGGCCGGCAGAGCUGCUGCCUGGCCACAAGAAGCUGUCGCUCUCCCAGCUUUGUACCGGUUCCGAUCAGAGUAUCCGCACCACGGAGGAGCCCCCGCCUCAGGAGUCUCUCUUAGCCGCGAUGAAGGUGGAGCUCACCGCGCGGACCUCCCAGACGAGCAAGGCGGGGGAGGAGACCCCGCCGCCGUCCCCAUCAGCCUCUGCUGCGUCGCCCCCGGCGGAGGAUGCGCCGCUCCUCCCCGAUGCGGGCGUGCGGCGCCGGCCAGCGUGCGGGCGGUUCUCGCAGCGCAGCGGCUCCUUCCGCCGCGAAGUCAGCCGGGCCGCCGCCGAGACCUUCCUCCUCACAAGGCUCACUUUGAUCCUCCUCCGCUACCUCGGGAUAGGCUACAGAUGGAUCCGGCAGUUCCUAGCCCUCUGCUGUUAUACCCUCUUGCUGAUGCCAGGUUUUAUUCAAGUUGUAUAUUAUUAUUUCUUCUCUAGCCAAGUUCAUAGAAGUGUUGUAUAUGGAGAUCAGCCAAGAAACAGACUGGACCUGUAUAUUCCCACUAGUACGACAGGGUUAAAGCCAGUUGUGGCAUUUGUGACUGGUGGAGCGUGGAUCAUAGGGUACAAAGGGUGGGGAGCCCUUUUAGGCAGACGCUUAGCAGAAAGAGGCAUCAUAGUUGCAUGCAUUGAUUACAGAAACUUUCCUCAGGGGACUAUUGGUGACAUGGUAGAAGAUGCUUCUCAAGGAAUAGCUUUUGUCUGCAAGAAUAUAGCAAGUUAUGGAGGUGAUCCUAGCAGGAUAUAUCUUGUUGGCCAAUCAGCUGGUGCACAUAUUGCUGCUUGUGCUCUCUUAAAUCAGGCCAUUAGAGAAUGUGGUGAAGAAGAUACUUCCUCUUGGAGUGUAUCACAGCUAAAAGCUUAUUUUGGUAUUUCUGGCGGGUACAACCUCCUUAACUUGGUUGAUCAUUUCCAUAGACGUGGCCUUUACCGGUCCAUCUUUCUCAGUAUUAUGGAAGGUGAAGAAUCACUCCAGAAAUUCUCUCCACAAGUUAUGAUUAUGCAAUCAUCUGCUAGGUCUGCAGUUCCUUUAUUGCCUCGUAUCAUCCUUUUCCAUGGGACAAGUGAUUAUUCAAUACCUUCAGUUGAAAGCCAAGCGUUCAUUGACGCUUUACAACAGCAAGGUGCAAAAGCAGAUUUAUUUCUGUAUGAAGGGAAGACGCAUACUGAUUUGUUCCUUCAGGAUCCUCUUCGGGGUGGCAGAGAUAAAAUGCUCGAAGAGAUCGCCAGUGUGAUACACAGUGAAGAUCCAGACAAUUCUGCUCAGCACCUUGUCGUGCCUGUUGCAAGGCGUCUUGUUCCUGAGUUUAUGCUGAAGCUUGCUGGAAAAGUAAGCCCUUUCUGAAGCUGCUAGUUUGAUUGCGAUAGUAACCAGAUGGAACUGUAAAAUUAUGUACAUUAGGGGAAUGCAAUCUGACGCGAAAUGGAUCCUGCGAUCGGGAAUAUUCUUUCUUCUGAGAAGAGGGUCAGGAAAGUGUGUCGCUCCCUGAUUACUCAGGUUGUCCACUUGUCUACAGGUUUUAAACACCUUUGUGACCCUUGUUUACUCACAUGUCACUGCUUUAAAAAACCGUCGUCCAAAAUAAUAUAGUUUGUGACGUCUGUGCACUAACA